AUGUCUCUCCCCCGUGUCUCGUCUCUCGAGUCCUUCUCCUUCGUGCCGAGUGAGAGACAGUCAAGACGAAACUCCGAUGUGUCCGUACGUGCGAGGAAGCUCAGCUUCAACCCUAUGCCCGAGGCGUGGGAUCCUCCGCUGCUCAAGACAGACGCCAUACAGGCGGUAGGAGCAUUCGAGGUUCCGAAAUGGAAGAGAAUUCUUCAGAUAGCCGUGACGGUCGUGUACUGCCUCUUCGCGGCGGGAGUUGUCUUCGGCUAUGCCGCCUUGAAGCCCGUACUCAAGAAAGAAGGUGCCUACCAGGACGUAUGCCGCAAGGACAACCACGGCCGCGAGCAAAUAGACACCUGCGUCGAGAUACACCUCAAUUUGAUGUUCACCGUCGCGGCAGUCGGCACCAACGUGGCGGCCCUGCCGAUAGGGGCGUUGCUCGACAACUACGGUCCGAGACUAUGUGGUCUUAUGGGCAGCUGCUUUUUGACAAUUGGCGCGCUCUUGAUGGCCUUUGAGAACAGGCUGCCAUUCGACGGGCUCCUCUUCGGUUACCUCUUCCUGGCAUUGGGCGGACCCUUUACAUACAUUUCGUCCUUCCAGCUAUCCAAUGCCUUCCCAAGGCAUUCAGGCUUGAUUCUCGCACUCCUAACCGGCGCUUUCGAUGCCUCCAGCGCCCUGUUUCUCGUAUACCGGAUCAUAUUCGAGAAGACGGGUGGUCGUUUCGGGCACCACCGUUUCUUUCUUUUCUACCUCGUCGUGCCCGUGGUCAUCGUGCUGUUGCAGCUGUUCCUGCUGCCAAAGCAGUCGUACAAGACGAUCGGCGAGAUGAUCGAGGAGGUGGAGGAGCCGCUGGCAGAGCCGGAGCCCUACGACCAGGUGGACGAGCACACGGCCCUGCUGCAGGACGAGGCGCGCCAGCGCCGGGAAUCGGUCAUCGCCGACCUCGAGGAGCUGCUCGGCUCGGCCAAGGCGGAUAAGCAGGCGAAGCGCGAGGAGAAGAAGAACGAGAUCUCGGGCGUGUGGGGCGUCAUGCACAACAACACGGCGCUGGAGCAAAUCAUGUCGCCUUGGUUUGUGCUGAUCUGUCUCUUCACCGUGAUACAAAUGACACGCAUCAACUACUUCGUUGCGACGAUCCGGCCGCAGUACACCGCCAUCUUCCACUCGUACGACAAGGCCGUCGAGAUCAACAACUUCUUCGACAUGGCGCUGCCCCUCGGCGGGAUCAUCUCGAUCCCCUUCAUCGGGCUGUUCCUCGACCACACGAGCACGACCAAGGUGCUGACGACGCUCGUGGCCGUCGCGACGACCAUCGGCGCGCUGGGCGUCAUCCCGCGGAUGUGGGCCGCCUACGCCAACGUGUGCCUGUUCGUGCUGUACCGCCCCUUCUACUACACCUCCGUGUCCGACUACAGCGCCAAGGUGUUUGGCUUCCGCACCUUUGGCACCGUCUACGGCACCAUCAUCUGCCUGUCCGGCCUCUUCAACUUCUCCCAGUCCGGCCUCGACUUCCUCUUCCACCGCACCUUCCGCGGCAACCCCGUCCCCGUCAACCUCAUCCUGCUGUCUGCAGGUCUCGCCGUCGGCAUCGCUCUCGUCCUGUUCGUCGGCGUCAAGGCCCGCUCGAUGAAGCGCCACAUGCUGGAGCGCGAGGCCGAGACGGCGUUUGCGCGGGGCGAGUAG